AUGUCCCCUCAGUCACACUCGAAUACUUCUGGUGUUGCUCUGACCGGCAAUAAGGAAAUCCUUUCGGUCGAAGCAAGCUCACUGGAAGAUGCAAACAAGCACGUGUCAGUCACCCAUUCAACCCCAGACGAUGAAGCCGGCAUGCGCCGCAUGGGAAAGGAACAACAGCUUGUCCGACAUUUUCGUCAGCUAUCUGUAACCAGCUUCACUGCUCUUUCUGUUGCUGCUUGGGAACUGGGACUGUUCCUCGUGAGCCCUGCUCUCAUCAAUGGAGGUCGAGCUGGACUUAUCUGGGGCAGUCUUUGGAUAUCCAUUGGCUUUGCUCCAGUGUACAUCAGCAUGGCCGAGAUGGCAUCAAUGGCUAGCACCGCUGGCGCCCAAUAUCACUGGGUAUCCGAAUUCGCUCCUGAGGGCUGUCAACGUAUUCUCAGCUACUUUACUGGAUGGACCUCGACAAUCGCCUGGCAGGCAGGAAACGCCAUCGGCGCCUUCCUUGCAGGUAGUUUGAUCCAAACCAUGAUUCUCAUCAAUGAUGAGAACUACGCGUUUCCGAACUGGCACGGCACCCUUUUGGCCUUCGCUGCCAUCCUUGUCGCAUACAUUGGUGCCAUCUGGGGCUCGAGGAUUCUACCAUACUGGCAGAAUGCUAUCUUUGUUGUUCAUGUCCUUGCCUACUUUAUUUGGUUUGUGCCCAUUUGGAUCAACGCCCCCAAAGCCUCGCACAGUCAGGUAUGGACAGAAUUCAGCAAUACUGGCGGGUUCGGUAGCAUGGGUCUGGCAAUAAUGAUCGGCCAGCUCACCGGAAUCUCUUGCAACCUCGGUGUUGAUACGGCUGCGCACAUGUCAGAAGAAACCAAGGACGCCGCAAAAGCAGUACCCAAAGCCAUGAUCGCCAUCUAUAUCAUCAACUUUGUAAUUCUCUUCCCGGCCAUCAUCACGAUCUGCUAUGCUAUGCCCGACUUGGAUGCGGCUCUCAAUGAUUCGACCACAUACCCUUUCAUCUAUGUCCUACGCCAGUCAAUGUCUAUCACGUGGGUGACGGUUGUUCUUGCAGUCACCACAUUCAUCCUGAUCUGUUGCAAUAUUGUCUACCUCGCUGCAGUGGCACGCGAUAUGUGGGCAUUCGCUCGCGACAGGGGAAUGCCGUAUUCAAACUGGUUGGGGGCCGUGCAUCCGAAGCGCCACAUACCCGUGAACGCCAGCAUCCUUACCUCGUUUCUCAGUGGAGCGCUGGCUCUGAUCUAUAUCGGUAGCCCGCUGGCUUUCUACGCUAUCACAUCGCUGUACACGGUUGCCUUAUUACAAUGCUACUGCUUCAGCAUUGGCUGCCUCUUGUGGCGUAGAAUCUACAAGCCCGAGACCCUACCGCCAGCGGCAUUUUCACUGGGCAAGUGGGGCAUACCGAUCAAUGCAUUUGCCGUCAUCUUCUCCAUCUGGUGCUUCUUCUGGUCGUUCUGGCCUCAAGAGUACCCCGUCAUGGCUGCUAGCUUCAAUUGGGCAUCGCCAGUCUUUGUUGCAGUGUUAAUUGGCGCGACCAUCUUCUUCGUCCUUCAAGGCAAGAAUCAGUACUUCGGCCCCGUCACCGAGGUCGAGGGCAGGAAGACUGCGCGCAGUUAA